AUGAAGUGUCUUAUUUUGAUCGGGUUUGUUGGAGCAGCUAUUAUUCCAAGUCCAGAUGAGCCGAAACCCUUGGAUGAGCCACCAUUGGUGAGUUGUUUACGACAAGGAAUUUCAUAUUUGCUAAUUGUAAACCCAUAUUUCUGUAUCCGAAUACACUUUUUUGUAUUCGAAAUAAUUAUUUGUGGGUGUUGUUUUGAUUAACAUAUAGGACUAUAUUGUCAAAUUAAAAAUAGAUGGCAGAAAAUAAAUAAAGAAACGUGAACAUUUUCAGAGAACCCAUGUCGUUGGGGGCGUUGCGGUCACGCGAUGUGUGUUUCAUUUUUGAAAAUUUGCUCAAAAAAUGGGAAAAAUUUAUAAAAUUCUGAAAAUGAAGCACGUAGCGCGUGACCGCAACGCCCCCAACGACAUGGGUUCUCUGAAAAUGUUCACGUUUCUUUAUUUAUUUUCUGCCAUCUAUUUUUAAUUUGACAAUAGUUUAGUGAACGAUCAACAAAAUCAAAAUUGAUCCAGGAACUGCAAUAUUGUCUUGUCAAAGGAACAACUGGAUUUUUGUACGAAUUGCAGAAGUUCGUCUAGGAGAUGCAGUUAUUCUUAAUUUUUCACAUGAAUUCGUAAACGUAGUAAACCCGAAGGAAAUUUUUUCAAGAUAAAUAAAUAUAAAUAAAUAGUAGAUGACAAAACGGCUCUGACAGUCGAAAUUUUGUAGCUAUGAAUAAUUUUUGUAGAAAAAUAUUACUUUUUCUGCAGAAAAAAUAACACUACCUUUCCUAAUUGGCACACCCGUGAUUCUGUAUUCAAAUACACUUUUUGUAUCCAAAAUAAUAAUUUAUGAGUGUUGUUUUCAUAAACACGUAGGAAUAUAGUGUAGUGAACAAUAAGUAAACCAAACUUGAUCGACGAACUAAAAUAUUGAAUUGUAAAAUAUGUUCUUACUAGGUGUUUGAAUUUCAGAACUUUCUUGGGGAAAUGAAAUUACUCUCAUGUUUUGCACUAGUCCACAUAGCGUCUCAUAAACUUAAAUCCGAAAAAUUCAGCAAGUAUUAAAAAGUUUUGAAGACCUCCCGUAUUUAUUUAUAAAUGAAUGAGUCACACUUCUCAGACAUGUCGCUGCAGGCCGGGCCGGCCGGGCUCAGCCCGAAGUAAACACAAAAAAUCGGGCUUUUUUCAGCCGAAGCCCGAUUUUAACAUGUGCGGCUUUCGCUGGCCCGAUUUUGGGGCCCGCUUAUUUUUUCUUCGAUUUUUUUUCAUUGAAAAAAUGAGUUUUUUGUGGUCAAAAAGGAAUUUUUAAUGAAUUUCAAACAUUGUAAAGAGUAAAAAUAGUAAAAUAAUUUGUGUGUGGAAGAGAAUUCACUUGAAUUUUGAAAUUUUUGCAUUUUAUUUUUCGAUUUGUUACUUAUUUCUAUUUUUAUAAGCAAAAUAUCACAUUCUAAUUUGAUUUUUCACUCAUAUGAAUACAAUCCAACAUCGAAAACAUCAAAAAAAAAUUCUGAAAUUGGCCAUUCAAAAAUAUUGUUUGGGCGAGGCCAACCCGGCCGCUUUUAAAUUUUCAUAAGGCCGGGCCAGCCCGGCCCGUGAUAAAUUGAGCGGGCUUUAGGGGCCCGAAUUCAGCAAAAACGACAUGUCUGCACUUCUUGAUCUUAACAUUCACAAUUUUGUAGCUAUAAAUCAUUUUUGUAAAAAAAUAUUACUUUUUUUACAGAAAAACAUACCACUACCUUGUAGCGUAACAUGAAAAUGAAUAAAAAUAGAACGUGAUCCCAAAAAAGAUCAAUAUAUUUCAGGCCUCAUUUUCAUUGGACGAAUUGGAAAACCCACGUGGCCCCACACCAACAGAUAUCACAACUAAAGCAAAUGUCAAAUCGAAUUCUGAUAUUCCAGUAUCUAGAAAACGUGUCCGACUGCAUUCGAAAAGUUCGAAAAAUCGAGAAGCCGAGAUUCUUGAGAGAAAAUGUAAUGAUCAAAAUUUGGAAGAAAUAUUGAUGCGUGUAAGUUUCAUAGCCUAACAAUUCAAAAGUUCAAGAAGUCCUAUUUUCAGAGUAUUACACCAUCGUUAAGCACUUCAAAAAUGAUAAUUUCGGAAAGAGCAUCACGAGAUUAUGGCACAGUAUUCGAUGUAAUUUGUGCACGCGGUCGUUUUUCAUACUAUGUGGAAGCAUCAAAUUAUUGUGAAGUAACAGUCGGCGGAAUAACGUGUUUUGCGUAUAGGUCAUCGGCAUCAUCACGAGUAGCUGCAGCAGCCGAACGGGUUUAA